AUGGUCUUCGCGGCGGCGGUGUCACUAACAUGGGAUUUUCAGCGCGUGUCUUUCGCGAUCGAGGAUGUCGCUUUACAUCUAAGGGAGGAAGAGCCGUUUGUGUGUCACCCUCGUGGACCCACGGAUCGUGGUACAACCGGAGGACCGAAGGACCGGGUCUGGGAGCGAUGCAGGGAGUUUCAAGAAACGUCGGACGGUACGACUCGUGGUCCGUGGAGGGGAAGGCUGCAUCACAUGCUGCAUAUGCAAUGCGAGGUGGUUGACUGGGACGCGGGAGGGGUAAGCGUACACCAUGGCAUUGCGGACCUGCGGGAGGACCCUGACCCAACGGUCGGUGGCGAGGCGCGUCAAGCCACCAAUGUUCAAGAGUGUCUCGGUCUCAGCUCUCAAGCCACUCUGGUCAGCCCACUUGGUCCCUGGAAGACUCGGAAAGUCUAG